GCUACGGGUCGCGCGCGGAGCAGGGGCUGGAGGGAAGGGUCAGCCUCCAGGGCUGGCAGGCGCGUGCGCUGCGGGGCUCCAGUCAGGACGCGCAUUCUCGCUCCCUCCCUCGGCUGCGCGCGCCCGGUGGGCGUGGGAGGAGGCGGGGAACCGGGGAGGGGCGGGUGUCGCAGGAGGGAAGGAGCGAACCGGAGAGCGUCGUCCUGAGAGGAGUGAAGGCGGCAAAAUGGCGGACCGCUUCUCCCGCUUCAACGAGGACCGAGACUUUCAGGGUAAUCACUUUGAUCAAUAUGAGGAAGGACACUUGGAAAUUGAACAAGCAUCACUUGACAAGCCUAUAGAAUCGGAUAAUAUUGGACACCGCUUACUCCAGAAACAUGGGUGGAAGCUGGGCCAGGGAUUGGGAAAAUCUCUUCAGGGGAGAACAGAUCCCAUUCCAAUCGUUGUCAAGUAUGAUGUCAUGGGCAUGGGUCGCAUGGAAAUGGAGCUUGAUUAUGCUGAAGAUGCUACCGAACGGCGCCGUGUCCUAGAAGUGGAAAAAGAAGACACAGAAGAGCUGAGACAAAAGUACAAGGAUUAUGUUGACAAAGAGAAGGCAAUUGCCAAAGCCUUGGAAGACCUCAGAGCCAACUUUUACUGUGAACUCUGUGAUAAGCAAUAUCAGAAACAUCAGGAAUUCGAUAACCAUAUCAACUCCUAUGAUCAUGCACACAAGCAGAGAUUAAAAGAUCUCAAGCAGAGAGAGUUUGCUCGAAAUGUCUCUUCAAGAUCCCGCAAGGAUGAGAAAAAACAGGAAAAAGCCCUUCGGCGUCUCCAUGAGUUGGCAGAGCAAAGAAAACAAGCUGAAUGUGCACCUGGAAGUGGUCCCAUGUUCAAACCAACCACAGUGGCUGUAGAUGAAGAAGGUGGAGAAGAUGAUAAAGAUGAAUCAGCUACAAAUAGUGGCACAAGUGCCACUGCUUCUUGUGGCCUGGGAUCUGAAUUUUCCACAGAUAAAGGAGGCCCUUUCACUGCAGUACAAAUCACUAAUACCACUGGACUGGCCCAGGCUCCUGGGUUAGCCUCCCAAGGCAUCAGCUUUGGCAUUAAGAAUAAUCUGGGGACCCCAUUGCAAAAAUUGGGAGUGUCAUUUUCUUUUGCCAAGAAGGCUCCUGUCAAACUCGAAUCAAUAGCAUCAGUUUUCAAGGACCACGCGGAGGAAGGGACCUCUGAAGAUGGAACAAAACCUGAUGAGAAGAGUUCUGACCAAGGACUGCAGAAGGUAGGAGACUCUGAUGGGAGCAGUAAUCUUGAUGGUAAAAAAGAAGAUGAAGACCCUCAGGAUGGAGGGUCCCUUGCCUCAACAUUAUCCAAAUUAAAAAGGAUGAAGCGAGAAGAAGGAGCUGGGGCUACAGAGCCGGAAUAUUACCACUACAUCCCCCCAGCACACUGCAAAGUAAAACCUAAUUUUCCCUUCCUACUUUUUAUGAGAGCCAGUGAACAAAUGGAAGGUGAUAAUAGUACACACCCAAAGAAUGCCCCAGAGAGUAAAAAAGGCAGUUCUCCCAAGCCUAGAAGCUGCAUCAAGGCGGCAGCAAGCCAAGGAGCAGAAAAGACACUUAGUGAAGUCUCUGAGCAGCCCGAGGAAACCAGCAUGACCGAGCCCUCAGAACCAGGAAGCAAAGCUGAGGCAAAGAAGGCCUUAGGAGGGGAUGUAAGUGAUGAGAGUUUAGAGAGUCAUAGUCAGCAGGUUUCAGAGACCCAAAUGUGUGAGUCCAACUCUUCUAAAGAAACUUCUCUGGCCACCCCAGCAGAGAAAGAAAGCCAAGAAGGACCCAAACAUCCUACUGGUCCCUUCUUCCCAGUUUUGAGCAAAGAUGAAAGCACUGCCCUCCAGUGGCCAUCAGAACUAUUAAUUUUCACCAAGGCAGAACCCUCCAUUUCAUACAGUUGUAACCCUUUAUAUUUUGACUUUAAACUUUCAAGGAACAAAGAUGCCAGAACUAAAGGGACAGAAAAACCAAAGGAUAUAGGAAGCUCCUCAAAGGACCAUCUCCAAGGCCUAGAUCCUGGUGAGCCAAAUAAAAACAAGGAAGUGGGCGGAGAGAAAAUAGUACGUUCCUCAGGAGGCAGAAUGGACGCACCUGCUUCAGGGUCUGCCUGUAGUAGCCUGAACAAGCAGGAGCCUGGGGGUAGCCAUGGGUCUGAGACGGAAGACACAGGGAGAAGCCUUCCCAGCAAGAAAGAACGAUCUGGGAAGUCCCACCGGCACAAAAAGAAAAAGAAGCACAAAAAAUCCAGCAAACACAAACGUAAACACAAGGGUGACACAGAAGAGAAAAGCUCUAAGGCAGAGUUGGGGGAGAAGUCUAAGAAGCGCAAGAAACGAAAACGAAAGAAGAAUAAGUCAUCAGCCCCAGCAGAUUCUGAACGAGGACCCAAACCAGAACCCCCUGGGAGUGGCAGUCCUGCACCUCCAAGAAGGCGGCGGCGAGCUCAAGAUGAUUCCCAGCGGAGAUCCCUCCCAGCUGAAGAGGGGAGCAGUGGCAAAAAGGAGGAAGGUGGGGGUGGUAGCAGCUCCCAAGACCAUAGUGGGAGGAAACACAAAGGUGAACUUCCACCUUCAUCCUGCCAGCGAAGAGCAGGCACCAAACGGAGCAGCCGGUCUAGCCAUCGGAGCCAACCCAGUAGUGGAGAUGAGGAUAGUGAUGAUGCUUCCUCACACCGACUGCACCAGAAGUCUCCAUCCCAGUACAGUGAGGAAGAAGAAGAGGAAGAUUCAGGCAGUGAGCAUUCCCGCAGCCGCUCAAGGUCUGGCCGGCGCCAUUCCUCACAUCGUUCUUCCCGGCGUUCUUACUCAAGUAGCUCAGAUGCCUCUUCAGACCAGAGCUGCUAUAGUAGACAGCACAGUUACUCUGAUGACAGCUACAGUGACUACAGCGACAGAUCACGAAGGCACUCCAAGCGCUCCCACGACUCGGAUGACUCAGACUAUGCCAGCUCCAAACACCGAUCAAAACGGCACAAAUACUCAUCUUCUGAUGAUGACUAUAGCCUCAGUUGCAGCCAGUCCCGAAGCCGAUCUCGGAGUCAUACCAGAGAGCGCUCAAGAUCCCGGGGCCGCAGCCGAAGCAGCAGUUGUAGUCGUAGUCGGAGCAAGCGGAGAAGCCGUAGCACCACAGCCCACAGCUGGCAACGGAGCCGGAGCUAUAGCCGGGACCGCAGUCGCAGCACCAGGAGCCCUUCCCAGAGAUCAGGCUCCAGGAAGGGAUCAUGGGGUCAUGAGAGCCCUGAGGAGAGGCAUUCUGGGCGUCGGGACUUCAUUCGUUCUAAGAUCUACCGCUCCCAGUCCCCCCACUAUUUCCGAUCAGGCCGGGGAGAAGGUCCUGGGAAGAAAGAUGAUGGCAGAGGAGAUGACAGUAAAGCAACAGGUCCACUUUCCCAGAACAGCAACAUUGGCACAGGAAGAGGGUCAGAAAGUGACUGCAGUCCUGAAGACAAGAACUCUGUUACUGCUAAACUGCUACUGGAGAAGAUCCAGUCAAGGAAAGUGGAGAGGAAACCUAGUGUGAGUGAGGAGGUGCAGGCCACCCCUAAUAAAGCUGGGCCCAAGCUCAAGGACCCCCCACAAGGUUACUUUGGGCCCAAGCUCCCCCCAUCUCUUGGCAAUAAGCCUGUCCUUCCACUGAUAGGGAAGCUCCCAGCUACCCGAAAGCCCAAUAAGAAAUGUGAAGAGUCUGGCUUGGAAAGGGGGGAAGAGCAAGAACAGUCAGAGACAGAAGAGGGGCCCUCAGGGAGUAGUGAUGCCCUAUUUGGGCAUCAGUUCCCUUCAGAGGAAACAACUGGCCCCUUAUUAGACCCACCCCCAGAAGAGCCAAAGUCUGAAGAAGCUACUGCUGAUCACCCUGUGGCUCCACUAGGCACCCCAGCACACUCUGACUGCUACCCUGGGGACCCAACCAUCUCCCAUAACUACCUCCCCGACCCCAGUGAUGGGGACACCCUGGAGUCCCUGGAUAGCAGCAGUCAACCAGGCCCUGUGGAAUCCAGCUUGCUGCCUAUAGCACCAGACCUUGAGCAUUUCCCCAGUUAUGCGCCUCCCAGUGGGGAUCCUAGUAUUGAGUCAACAGAUGGGGCUGAGGAUGCUUCAUUGGCCCCCCUAGAGAGCCAGCCCAUCACCUUCACCCCUGAGGAGAUGGAGAAGUACAGCAAGCUCCAACAGGCUGCUCAGCAACACAUCCAGCAGCAGCUUCUGGCCAAGCAAGUAAAGGCCUUUCCAGCCUCAGCUGCCCUGGCCCCAGCUACACCAGCCCUGCAACCCAUCCACAUUCAGCAGCCAGCUACAGCCUCUGCCACCUCCAUCACAACUGUUCAGCAUGCCAUCCUACAACAUCAUGCUGCCGCAGCUGCCGCCGCCAUUGGCAUUCACCCCCACCCCCAUCCCCAACCACUUGCCCAAGUGCAUCAUAUUCCCCAGCCCCAUCUGACCCCCAUUUCCUUGUCCCACCUCACUCACUCAAUCAUCCCUGGCCACCCUGCCACCUUUCUUGCUAGCCAUCCCAUCCACAUCAUUCCCGCCUCAGCCAUCCAUCCUGGGCCUUUCACCUUUCAUCCUGUCCCACAUGCUGCCCUCUACCCCACCCUGCUUGCCCCACGGCCUGCUGCAGCAGCUGCCACUGCCCUCCACCUUCACCCACUACUUCACCCCAUCUUCUCAGGUCAGGACCUGCAACAUCCUCCCAGCCAUGGCACAUGAGUUGGGGGAUGGGAUCCUAGGUAGGACCAGGGGAGGAGACCCAUAAAUGUUCCCUUGGGGCUGGUUGAGCUAUUAAUACCAGCAAGUAGAAGCUGGGAUGGGCAGUGUCUGACAGCCAAAGAAUUGAGUUUUGGCUCACGGGUGGGUUUAGAUUUGAAGUUUGCUUUCAGUUUACUAUCAGGGAUUUCUUUUUCCUGUCCUCCUCUCAAUUUGUUCCUCCCUCUCCUGUGUUUCUAAGCUAGGGAACACCAGUAAGUGCUACCCACCCCAUCUGCAGCAACAUCUCCAAACUGUCAAGUUUAGAUAAUCCCCUCCUCCCUCUGCUUUUUCCUCUGCUCUUCCUUUCUAUAAAUUUUAAAAUAUUUUCCUCCUCUCUGGCCAGUGGAUUGUCACCAAAGCGCUUGCUGUGGGCCCAUCUGGUCUUGCCUUCUCAGCGCCACAGGAAGGGCCAAGCUGUUCUAGUGGUGGAAGUGCCACCACUUUGGGGUAGUGUCUUUGACCAUCCUUGGUGACAUUAUGUUAUCCCAGGUGAGGUGGAAAGAGUCUCACCUGGAACCUGAUAUAACUCAGGCUGCAAUUCCAUCCAGUUCCCACAUCAACGGAGCCCACAUUUGGCACUGUUAUCCUGGUGUCGCUCAUCCCAGAAGAGGCAUCUCCAUAUCCCAGAAAAGAAGAUCCUAUCAUGAAUAAAAGCUGUGUGGAACAUAAGAGUUGCUCAUGUGCUUUCCCAGAGAGGAGCUCAUGUGUCUGAAGUGAAGGGUAUACUUUCUUCUGUUGUGUUGAUGUUUCCUUCUUAAUUUAUAGGAUUUUUUUAAUGUAAAAAAUUGCACUGAACUCUAUAAACGUAAAUGCUGCUUUUUGUAGCUCAUAUAAAAAAGGUUCCAUAUUUGUAGUAUACUGCAAUAAUAUUUUUUACAUCCAGCUCUUUAAGUGAUCCUCGUUCUGGUGGCUUUGUGUAAAUAUGUUUGCCCUAGUUGAAUUAAGAAACUUUAAAGGUUAUAAAACAAAAAAUAAAAUAUUUGUUUUCUGCUAGAUGCAAAACUGACUAAGCAUGUAUAUUUUACCAAGCUUAUGUAUUUUUUGAAGUUAUGAACUAUAAAAUGUUAAAACAUUUUUUGCUGGGACAAAUUGUUAAGUAAUUUGCAGUAAGUAGUGCCCCCAGUACUGGGAUUUUUGAGCUAAUGGGCAGCAGUCAGCCGGGGGCUUCUGAGGGAUACUCAUCUUUAACAGUCUCCCUCAUGUACUUUUGCUGUUUUUCACGGAGAAACAGGUGGACCCCACAGAGGAGAAGGAGGGGACUCAGCAGCUUUAUUGUCUGGAAGCAGUGAGAUUUGGUGAUUGUCUGGGGGGGAUUCCUGGGUUUCCCUGGGUACCUUGUUCAAGGCAGUCAGUCCAUUUGCCUUCCUAGUACUUAGCCCCCUCUGACAAUUUUUUUUUUUUUUUUUUUUUUUUAAUGUGCCUUUUGGGUUGGUAGAAACUGAAGUAGAAGUAGGCUGGAGGAUGAGUUGGGACAGUCUUCUUCCUUUUGUUGGGAGGUGAGCACACUUACAGAUAUUUCAGAUUAUUUUGCUUCAUAGUUUCCAUGCCCUCUGCCCAGCUCAGUUUAAACAGUAAACGUUCCUUGUUUCUUUUCUCCUAUGACACUGACUAGAGGAAUUACCACCUCAGCCUCUUUUGCCCCUCUUCUUGCCUUUCACCCAGGCUCUCAGCCCCAAUUAACACACUGACCCAAAGGGGAUUGUAUUGCAGGUCCCAUCUCCUUUGAUGAGGUUAACAAUUCCCUCUUUGGCAUUUUCCUAACUACUUCCUGUGGCUAGAAUUGGUUGGUUGGUCACUUGACAAGAAAAACCAUACUUACCUGGACCAGGGCUCUGUGUUCCUGCCUUCUCAAAUUCUCAGUAAAGUGUUAAAUUUAUGAAAAGAAAGUGGCAGGCAAGCACACUCUUGACUGCCCACCCACCCUCCUACCUGUUCAGUACUCCUUGUCUGAUUCAGAAGCAUCACUUCUUGUAUAACUAGCACUGGAAAAACGAAAUCAUCUGUGUAAGUGAAGGGACUCAUUUUUCUUUGCUUUCAGCCCAUGUAAAUAAAUAAUACAGUAUUAACAUUUUUGUGCUGCUUCCCAUUAGCUUGUAGAUUGAGCCAUACUCUGGCUGCCUCUUUGCCUUCCUCGGGGCAUUUUCUUUAACUUCCAGAAUAGUGAUUUUAAAACUCAAAAACAAAACAAAAUAACCUAUCCUUACUUACAAGCAUAACAGAUUGUAUUUAACUUUAUCACAUAUGAUAGAGAUAUAUAUGCUGUAAAAUGAGGGAAAGGAACUUUCUAAUAAACCAAUGAUUUGUGGAAACUUA